UACACAUUUACUCAUUCUGAAAUUAUUGAAUAUCGUACACAAUUAUUUGUUGUGCAGAUACAACAAGUUGUAUAAAUAACAAAUUUUUAAUAAUUCGGUAGAAAUGUAUGGAAUUAAAAGUUUUCUUUUUGGUUUAAUGGUCAUGAGUAUGGUUGUUUUUUCAGGAUGCCAAGCGCCUGAUGACGUUUGUGCCGAUAUGCAGAAAAUCAAAGAUGCUUUCAAGAGGUCAAACUGCAAGCUUACUCAAGAAAUCAUUCAAAUUACAAACGCCUCGUGCACAACUGUUAAAAAUUUGCUGCAUUGCGUUGCUGAAUCCAUUUAUGGCUACGGAGAGCGAGAACAUAGAGAACCUUGUGUUCUGCACAUGCGCACUGCCAUCCAGGACACAGACUCGAUGUUUCCAGCUUUUCAUUUUACAUGGAGAUCCUGCAGCACGUUAUGGUGUAAACUCGGAGUCGAAUACACAGAUGCUCAAUUCAAAUGUAUUUUCUGGUGCAUUGGAGGUCCUGCAGCUAUUGGAAUUGGAGGAGUUCUAGCUCUUAUAAGCCUUGUAACGAUUGGUCUGCCAGCGUUGGGUUUCGGAGCUGCGGGAAUAGUUGCCAACAAUAUUGCCGCCACUAUCAUGGCCUGGUGGGCCGGUGCAGUGCCUGCAGGAGGCAUCAUCGCCAUAGGAAUCGGGUACAAGGCCAUUUUGGGCACGUUUCUUUCAGCAGCAGCUAUCUCAAGAGCUGCGAUGGAUUGCAAUUGCUGCGAAAAGUAAUCAAUAAAUAUAAAGAACUAAUGCAGUAUACUGGUGUAACAUCUGUAGAAAAUCAAUGUUUACUCAGAAAGUCAGUCGUAUUAAAAUUAUAACAUGCAAAUUGAAUAUAAGUUGACCAAUUAGUGAUCAAGAGCAAUCUUGAAAUAACUUUCAGUUUCAUGUAGAAAGAAAAGGUCAUAAAGCUGCACUCUCACAGAUUGAACGUUUUGACAACCAUUUUUUGUCUUGGAACGAGCCAUUGUUUUUGCAAAUACUCAUGGAAACCAGUUAUAUAAGACUGCUGACAAAAAAUGAGAUCGCAGAUUCUUAUUUAUGAUUUCAAAAAUGAAUGUUUUAUGCAUUUUUUUUACCGAUAGUAACGGUUUAAACCAUAAAACAUUAAUUUCCGAACGGAAAUAUGAAAAUCUACGAUCUGAUUUUUCGCGAUAUUAACGCGAAGAAUUGCUUUUUCCAAGACAAAAAAUAAAAAAAGUUGUUAAGAUGGUCAAUCUGUGAGAGUGCAGCUUUAAUAUGGUGACAUAUAACUGCCAUUAGAUAACCUGUAAACUCCGCGAAAGGACGCGCACACCUGAUUACUCUGUUUUGAUAGCGACAUUUGAAACGGACUACAAUCGCUACUAUCAAGAUCACGAGGCCAUCCCCAGCAAAGUGCGAUAUAAAUCAAAAAGAGUCCCUCAGGAGUUUAUGACUAGUAAAACUUCACGCUUAGCUGUUUCAAAUUUGAAUGGAAGAAUAGAGAUGUGCAAAAAACUCGAACAAAAAAGGACUGUAUUUAUUUUCUGAAAAUUUCUUGCAAAAUUGAAAUUCACCCAUCAGCAAAUCGUUUCUUGCGUGUAUAUACCCCUUUUAUAUGACGAGAUUAACAUCUAGGGCAAAUUUGUAUCUGUGGAAAAUAAAUCAAGGGCAAAGGGCAAAUAUUUGCAUUUAACGCAAAUAACUACUUGGGGAAAUUUCCCUCGAUAUAUUUUAUUUCUAUCUUAGCCAUUCUGGUAGCUUUCUCACAAUAACAAGUCAUAACUUACGCGUAGAUAUAUAUAUAAAUGAUGUGUUUAGAGCGUUUUGGGGAACUAAAAGAAAUACUAUUAUAUUCUAGGUAAAUAUAAUGCAUAUAUUUUUUAAAUGACGAGCAAGCAUAGAGAGUAUGAUUAUAGUUUGUACAUCAACCCCUGACAUAUAGUGCUAUGUAUUUUAAUGUUAUUUCAUGCAUUCCGUGAUCAGCCUAAACGUUUCUCACAAGUGUGCAGCCCUUCAUAUCCAAAAAAGCUGCGUACGGUAUAAAUACAUUUUAGAGGCGGAGAGAAGAAUUAUUAUCAGUUAUAUGCCGCGUGGAAUUUUCGAAAUAUGUUUAAGCUGUCAAUCUGUUGUUAUUAUUUAUUGGUCAUAAUAUUUGUAUUGUUAUAUUCGCAUUUACAAAAUCAUCAUAAAUUUUGUCUUUAAUAAAUGUUUGUAGAUUUUAAGUUUGGUUUAGAAAGGUUGGAUAACUCGGAACAUGCUCUUCCCAUUAGCCAAACAAUAAAGGUUAAACUGUGAUAUGGAUUGUUAAGGGAGCUCCUUCCCGAAAUUUUGCUUGUAUUGUUCGAGUAUGCUGAAAUAUUGAUGAUUAAUGUGUCAAUGAAAUUUAGUUUGUUACUGUAAAUUAUACUUGCUUGUUUUCUCAUGGAAUGUGACUCGGGUUUGUUCUAAUCCGGCGUACCUAUCUUUGGCAUCAACUUCAAUCUACUUUCGAACAAAAAACGAGACCUAAAUUUAUUUGUUUAGAAUGAAACUACUAUAAUUGUUGUAUCAGAAAUAUGUAUACAUGCGAUUAGGGCUCUUCUUGUUAUUUUUUAUAUUCAAUUUAUUAGAACUGCAUAUUUAGAAAUUCUAAAUCAUGCAAAAAGACACUGUUUGGUGAAGUUGUGAAGUACAAACACUGUUUUUUAA